AUGUCAAAAGCUGUUGGUAUCGAUUUGGGUACUACAUACUCAUGUGUGGCCCAUUUUUCAAAUGAUCGUGUUGAAAUUAUCGCUAACGAUCAAGGUAACAGAACUACCCCAUCAUAUGUGGCUUUCACUGAUACUGAAAGGUUGAUUGGUGAUGCUGCAAAGAACCAGGCUGCUAUUAACCCUCAAAACACUGUUUUCGACGCUAAGCGUUUAAUCGGUCGUAAAUUUGAUGAUCCUGAAGUGGUAAGUGAUGCUAAGCAUUUCCCUUUCAAGGUUGUCAAUAAGGAGGGCAAACCAGUGGUUCAAGUCGAGUACAAGGGUGAGACCAAGACUUUUACACCAGAGGAAAUUUCCUCCAUGGUUUUGGGUAAGAUGAAAGAGACCGCAGAAGGGUUCUUGGGUACUACUGUCAAGGAUGCUGUUGUUACUGUUCCAGCUUAUUUCAACGAUUCUCAAAGACAAGCUACUAAAGAUGCUGGUACGAUUGCUGGUUUGAAUGUGUUGCGUAUCAUUAAUGAACCUACUGCUGCUGCUAUCGCAUACGGUUUGGACAAGAAAGGUAGAGCCGAACAUAAUGUUUUGAUCUUCGAUUUGGGUGGUGGUACUUUCGAUGUUUCGCUAUUGUCCAUUGAUGAAGGUAUUUUUGAAGUGAAGGCUACCGCUGGUGAUACUCACUUGGGUGGUGAAGAUUUCGAUAACAGAUUAGUCAACCACUUGGCUAACGAGUUCAAGAGAAAGAACAAGAAGGAUAUCACAUCGAAUCAAAGAUCUUUGAGAAGAUUGAGGACUGCCGCUGAAAGAGCAAAGAGGGCUCUAUCCUCUUCGUCUCAAACUUCCAUUGAAAUCGAUUCUUUGUUUGAAGGUAUCGAUUUCUACACUUCUCUAACGAGAGCUAGAUUUGAAGAGUUAUGUGCAGACCAGUUUAGAUCUACUUUGGACCCUGUUGAAAAGGUCUUGAGAGACUCCAAAUUGGACAAAUCGCAAAUCGAUGAAAUUGUUCUUGUUGGUGGUUCUACGAGAAUUCCAAAGAUCCAAAAAUUGGUCUCCGAUUUCUUCAACGGUAAAGAACCAAACAAGUCUAUUAACCCAGAUGAAGCUGUGGCUUAUGGUGCUGCUGUUCAAGCUGCUAUCCUAACCGGUGACCAAUCUUCAAAGACUCAGGACCUAUUGUUAUUAGAUGUUGCUCCUCUGUCCCUAGGUAUUGAGACCGCAGGUGGUAUCAUGACCAAAUUGAUCCCAAGAAAUUCGACGAUUCCUACCAAGAAAUCCGAGACUUUCUCCACUUACGCUGAUAAUCAACCUGGUGUCUUGAUUCAAGUGUUCGAAGGUGAAAGAACGAAAACCAAGGAUAACAAUCUGUUGGGUAAAUUCGAGCUGGCUGGUAUUCCUCCUGCUCCAAGAGGUGUUCCACAAAUUGAAGUCACUUUCGAUAUCGAUGCAAAUGGUAUCUUGAACGUUUCUGCCAUCGAAAAGGGUACUGGUAAAUCCAACAAGAUUACAAUUACCAACGAUAAGGGUAGAUUGUCCAAGGAGGAUAUUGAAAAGAUGGUUUCAGAAGCCGAAAAAUACAAAGCCGAGGAUGAGAAGGAAGCUGAACGUGUACAAACAAAAACCAAACUUGAAUCUUAUGCUUUCAGUCUAAAGAACUCUGCUGCUGAAGCAGGUUUCAAAGAAAAGGUCGGUGAAGAAGAUGCAAAGAAAAUCGAAACAACUGCCCAGGAAACUAUUGACUGGCUAGAUGCAUCUCAAGCUGCUUCCACCGACGAAUACAAGGACAGACAAAAGGAAUUGGAGGCUACUGCCAACCCAAUCAUGACCAAGUUCUACGGUGCUGGUGGUGCCGCCCCAGGUGGUGCAGGCCCAAUGCCAGGCGCUGGACCAACACCAGGUGGACCAGCUGGUGGGGAAUCCGGCCCAACUGUCGAGGAAGUCGACUAA